AUGGACACCCCGCACGAGGAAGCGCAGUUUGCCGAGCGCGAGUCGUUUGAAGAUAACUAUUACGCGAUCAUGUCCAAGGCUGAGACACUCCUUUCGAGAGCUCGCGGUAACACAGUCACCGCGACCAAUGCACAACAUAGCGCCACGCCUUCGCCUUCCGACACUUUCCUCGCGGUUCGUCUGCCUACCAUAAAAUUGCCCACGUUCAAAGGGGACUGUGAGCAAUGGCUCCGUUUUCGUGACACCUUCACUUCGCUGGUUCACGAUUCGGAUAAAUUAAAUGACAUCGAUCGUUUUAAUUAUUUAACGUCCGCCUUAUCGGGAGCCGCUGCUCGCGUCAUAGAAUCUUACAGCGUGUCGGCAAGUAACUAUAAAUUAGCUUGGGUGCGGUUAAGGGAAAAAUACGACAACCCCAGAUUGCUCGUGAACCAUCGCCUAAACUCUCUUCUAGAUUUAGAACAACUUAGAAAGCCGUGUAGUAAGGGGCUUAGUGAGUUUACUGACACCGCUAUCAACAACAUCCGCGCCCUCGAAUCACUUCUUACCCCCGAGCAAUCCCGUGACGCACUUAUUAGCAAGUACCUGGCGAAAAAGCUGGACCCGAUUUCCCUUGACGAGUGGGACAAGCGCUGUAUGCAUUCAAGCGAGUCGCCCACUCUCAAGGAAUUCGCAAAUUUCUUGGAGCAGAGGUCGCAAUAUCUCGAGCGUAGGGAGUCGAACCAAUCGGUCAUGGGCAAUGUAGGUUCUGACCGCCCAAAAACCACCCCACGGCGGCAAGGGGGUUUUAAGCCUUUCGUCCCCGCGACCCACGUCGCGAAUCAGACAGAAAAAUGUGGGUUAUGUGACGGGACCCACGUGAUCAGCCACUGUCCCAGAUUCUUGGCUAUGUCCGUCGCAAAAAGGCACGGAACUGUAAAGGGUUCGCACCUACGUUUUAACUGCUUGGCGCCGAAUCAUAGCGCAAGGACUUGUACCUGUUCGAAAUGCCGAAAGUGCGGUAACAACCACAAAGAAACAGCUUCUGCAGCUCAGGAGAGUUUACCCCAGGAGGAAAUUCCCGAGUCAUCCACCGCCCAUGUCUCGCAGUCACACGCCGCCAACGUGUUGACUGAAUGCACUGUCCUGUCUACGGCGUUGGUUCUAAUAGCCGACAGCAAGGGGAAGUACCACGAGUGUAGGGCUCUGUUAGACGUAGAUUCUCAGGCCAAUUUCAUGACCAUCGCGUUUUGCGAGCGCAUCGGAUUGCCUCGUCGAGCCAUCGAUACAACGGUCGGUAGCUUAGGACUGACGAAGAAUCCGAUCCGAUCUUCUGCUCAGGUAGCAAUGAAAUCGCGGGUAGGGAAUUUUAACACUUAG